AUGCUCCCAGUAAGGUCUUACAGUGUUCGUAUGAAACGAAGAAAUCGUGAGGCAGCUGCUUCUUUUAGAAGAAGCCAGGUGCGAAGAAAAGGUCCUGCAACCACUACAACAACUACAGCAACAACUCGAGGAGCACAUGCUCCAGCUAGAAGAACAGUCAGUGCAGGAUCUGCACUGCCUUCUGAAGCUAAGGCAGUUCGAAGUCCGAGUUCCAAAUCUGUUUCGUCAGAGCCUGGGGCCAGUACUUCGAAGGAUUUUAAGAUCGAAACCGUUCUAGAAGAGGAAGAAAAACCAGAAGGAGGGGAUGAGAAAGAGGAAAAAGAAGAAGAACAAAAAGAUGAAAAGGAUAAAGAAGAAGUUGAAGACAAGGAUAAAGACAAAGAAAAAGAGGAAGAUAACGCUUCUGCUUCACCUGAUAAAAGUCAUGUGAAAUUUCAAGAACCAGAAAAUGAAGAUGAGGAACUUGAAGAUACGAAGUAA